CUCAAGUUUCAUCUACAAACACAAACGUGUCACGCACACAGAAAAGAAUGAACACAUAUGUUUUCCCCACAAACAAGAUCAACACCAUUUUUUUCCCUCAUCUAUUUUUGAAACCAAAAUUCUCUAAUCAAUAGCACAGCGUUGACGAUCACGAACACGAACACUCCCGAAAUUCCAGCCAAAACCAGAUAAUCUUGUGUCAUUAUCCUCCCUUUCUAGCCUUAUAAAUACACUUAUUUCACAUUCUUUCGUUGUCUGAUAUCACAAACAAACCGAAGCAAAAGGCCUAAAAAAAGAGUGAGAAAGAAACCAUGUCUGGAAUCAUGCACAAGAUUGAAGAGAGCUUUGGAGGGCACAAAAAAGAUGAGGAACAUAAAGGAAACCCCCAUGAUGAACACAAAGGUGAACACAAAGGCGAACACAAGCAAGAGGGCUUUAUGGACAAGAUGAAAGACAAAUUGCAUGGUGAUGAGCAUAACAAGGGUCACAAAGAAGGGCACAAAGAAGGGCACAAAGAAGGGCACGAAGAAGGACACAAAGAAGGAUUUAUGGACAAGAUGAAAGACAAGUUCCAUGGUGAUGAACAUGACAAGGGUGAGAACAAGAAAAAGAAGAAGGACAAGAAGAAGCAUGAGCAUGGACAUGAAAAACAUGGUGACGGUAGUAGCAGCAGUGACAGCGAUUAGAUAUAAUAUAUGUUACAAAAAUAUACU